GAUCAAUUGAAGAUGAGGUGCUUCCCCGAGACGUUAAAAGAUCGGGCCAUGGCCUGGUUCAUGACACUUGCACCAGCAUCUCUGACCACCUGGACUGAAGUCUACACGAAGUUCAUUGGGAGAUACUACUCCCACCAAAAGACUCAGGAGCUCCGGUCUCAGAUUGUCUCGUUUGCCCAAUCACCGAGUGAGCCCCUUCACGAGGCCUGGGAGCGAUUUAAGGAUCUCCAGCGGCAAUGCCCUCACCAUAAUCUUUCGCCAGGAUUGUUGAUGAAUUGUUUCUACGACUCCCUCAACCAGAAUUUGCAAUAUAUGGUUGAUAAUGCUGCGGGGGGAGACAUUGGUGCAAAGACUGCCGAAGAGAUGUAUGAGAUCUUUGAGACGAUGAGUGCAAAUUCGUCUCAGAAGAGCAUCAGAGGAAAGAGGACUUCAGUGAAUGAGGUUGGCUCAAGCAAUAGUGCCAUGGCCCAACAGUUAGCCGAGCUUACGGAGCAGAUGCGGCUAUUGAAUGCUCGAAGUUCCUCACCGAUUCAGACGAUGGCGGUGAAUGUUUGUGGUACAUGCGGGGUGCAAGGACACAGUUCUGAGGUGUGCCCAACAGCAAUCGAACCGGGCUACGGAAGCCAGAAUACCGAAGUUAAUGCAUUGCAGAAUUUUCAGAAUCGGCCCGGAAACGACCCCUACUCGAACACGUAUAACCCGGGAUGGCGCAACCACCCUCACUUCUCAUGGGCCAACAAUCACUAUCAGCAGCCACCUCAAACCAACGUCGUCCCCCAGCAGCAGCAACCCAGGGGCAUGUUAAGGCUGCCAGCAUCAGAAUCCGGAUCAACCCCAUCGAGCACAGACGAAAAGCUGGACAAAAUCCUCAAUUUUGUCACAAAUCAUGACGCUUCCAUUAAGCGUCUUGAGACACAAGUGGGCCAGCUGGCAACACGGGUUGGGAACAUCGAGACAGAGAUAGACAAAGGAAAAUUGCCGAGCCAGCCGGAGCACGCAAAAUCUGUGACUGUGAUUAUGCCCGAGCUAGAGGGUCCAAGAAAGGGGGACCAGAAAGCAGAGAUCCUAGCUUCACCAUUACCCGAACCAGCCCUACACAAAUCUCCGAAUCCGUACAAACAAAAAAUCCCUUUCCCGAGCCGGCUCUUAGAAGAGAAGGACCGCCGAAUGAUUAGAGACUUGCAUGCGAUGCUGGCUAAGGUCAAUGUCGACUUAUCCCCACCUGAUGUGAUCAAGAAGAUACCGGAGUAUGCGAGGUUUUUCAAGGAAUUGGCGGCAAAUAAAAAGAGGCUCGAGAGCAGUGAUGAGGUGCUAGUGUCAGAAGCGGCAAGUGUCUUUCACCAUGACUUGCCGAAGAAAGAAAAGGACCCCGGAGGCUUUGUCAUCACUCUGGCCUUCGGGAAUGGGGCAGAGACUUCAGGCAUGCUCGAUUUGGGGGCUGGAAUUAACCUCAUGCCACUUGCAGUUUAUCAUAGGCUCGGGCUUGGAGAGUUGAAGCCCACAAGAAUGCGCCUACAGCUGGCUGAUAGGUCAUUCCGUCAUCCCGAGGGUAUUAUCGAGGAUGUGCUCGUCCGAGUGGGGAAGCUGAUAGUCCCCGUGGACUUCGUUGUGCUCAACAUGGGGAACGUGCAAGAAAAUGUGAAGCAGCACACCACUCUCCUUGGUCGACCUUUCAUGGCUACCACGAGCACUGUCAUAGACGUGAAGAAGGGGACGACAAGAUCGGCCACGGAGAUUGGCAGCACGCGGAUGGCAGCGGGCGUACGCGGGUGCGUGAUAGGCGAUCAGGCCACGGGGGCGGCUGGGAUGCGCUGUGCAGUGGGUGCACGGGGGCGCGCGGUAGAGGAUCGGGACGCCGGGGCACUGGAGGCGACGCGCGAGGCAUGGGACGACGGCGCGAGCGGCACGGACAUGAGAGACGUGCGCGGCACUCGCGCGGGUGGCAGGGACACGCAGGAUGUAGGCGGCAGCGGCGAUGGGCGCGCGAUAGCGCGCAAGUGCGGGACAAGCACGGAUGACCCAAUCCACGCGGGCGUAGGAAUGCUGGGCGAUGAUGAGUACGCGCGCGAGAUAAUCGGCACAAACGAAGUGCGCGCAACAGCAUGCGCGU